AACACAUCAAAACAAAUCUUCAGCAUGGGUUGUGGUUCAACUAUAGGAAAAGUUUUUCUAGUCACUGUGAAUACUUUAUUCACGAUACUCGGCCUUGUUUUAUUGGUCAUUGGAUGUGUCGUCAAAUUCAAGAAGGACUUGGUGACGGAAUAUGCCGCCGAACUUUUCAAGAUCAUCAAACUAGACUCCGCCGACUACAACUUAGAUGAACUCCUAGGAUCAUCGGCAAUCGUUUUCAUCAUCGUCGGCGUCGUCAUUCUCGUCGUCGGAGUCCUCGGAUGUUUGGGCGCCUGUUGUGGGUGGAGGGUAUUCCUCGUCAUCUAUGCACUUAUUGUGUUCCUGGUUCUGAUUGCUGAAAUCGCCGGUGUUGUUUUGGCAGCUAUUAUGAAGAAAGACGUUGACAAAGUAAUAAAAGAUGGUAUGAAAAAAUCAAUUGUGGAGAAAUAUAAAGGAGAUCUGUCACAGGAGCCAGUUACGCUAGCCUGGAAUAGCAUUCUCAUUAAGUUUAAAUGCUGUGGAGUAGACGAUUAUCGCGACUUUAACAAUGCUACCCACUGGAAUAAAACAUUUAAUGGUCAGCAAAGACCUCUUGUGACCCCCGUCAGCUGUUGUAGUGACGUCAAGGGGGAAUUCCCGGAUCUGACGUACCCCAGCGAUACAAGUUGCGCCGAAAACCCAACAGAUGCUACCAACUUCUGGAAAACGGGAUGUUACUCGGCGAUUGAGGACUUUAUUAACAAGUACAGCAAUAUCUUCAUCGGGAUCGGGGUUGUCGUAGCAAUUUUCGAGAUCCUGUGUAUUGUGUUUGCCAUAUGUGUCUGCAGAAGCGUGGAAGAGGGAGAAAAAAUGGUGUAAGAAAGCACAGAAUCCAGUAAAAAGACCAUACUAGCUUUAACUGUUCUUAAUGUAAACUGGUGGCCUCACCCAAAAAUUUGAUAGUUCAUUUAUCUAAUGGACAGAUUAUAUCAGCAGAAUAUCACGCUAUUCUUUAUAUUAUAGUUAUUAGUAGCUUGACAAUAUAUGCAACUCUAAUGAUUAUUCAGAUAAAAAAAAGAGGUAAAAGGACAAAGAAUUGAAUCUCUUUCAUUUUCAUUAUAACCGGUGCCAUUUUGAGCUCUUGGUGCAUCAUGGGAAAAAUGAUAAUUCACUGUUGAUCUCAAAAGGGAAGGGUUGUGAAACCAUACAUAUCAUUAUGCCUCACACUUCACAAGCAAAAUUCCUCAGUCUUUACAAUGCAUAUCAUAUGUACAUUCCAUAUUUGAUUUUUUUUGUAAAACCCAUGAUGCUUUCACCUCAAGAACUUAUAAAUACAUGUACAUUUGAAAAGUUGACGUUACACAUUCGCAUUCAAAACCCAAAGUCACUAUUUCUUUGUUAGGCGAAAUGUCGAAUUUAUUCGCAUUUGUUAAAAACUUUACCAUGUUUUCAUUGAUAUAUUUCAUUAUAUCUUUAUUCAAGGUAUUGAGAUAUCAUUACCUUACAUUAUACAGAGAUCUGCAUAUGACGUCAAGAAGUUGACUGAUCGUAGAUUUCAUCUAUACUAUAUAUACAUGUAGUAUUUUAUCGGAUAUAUAGCAUCUGGGAUUAUUGAAUUAUAUAAAUUAUUGCAUGUAUAUGAAAUGAGAUCUAUACAUUGAACCAAAGUAUUUUGAUAUGUUUAUUUUUAUACUGGUAAGAUAUUUCCAUCAAAUGCAGUUGUAAACAUAUGUAAAAUAAUUUGUAAAUUAUAUAUUGUUUAUGUGUUAAGCACUUAGCGAAAUCCAAUUCUUAUGAAGUUUUUAAACUACUUGUUUUUGUAAUGUACCAGUAU